ACUUUUGAAAUCUCUUCCGGAAUUCCAAAUAAUGGUUAGAUCGUGUGAACCUAUUUCCGGGCCAGCAUCAUUAUCACUUCCCAAACUAGACAGCAGUAUACAUGGUAGCCAUCAGUCUGGACACGCCAUGGCUGGCCUGUGGUUGGUCUGGUGGCUCUGCCAGUUGACACUUGGUUCCUCCAGCCAAACUCGCAUAGUGGGCGGCAAGGAGACGACUAUUUCCCAGGUUCCAUACCUGGUUAAUCUGCGCCAGAAUGGUUAUUUUAUCUGCGGUGGAUCGCUGAUCUCAACCAGCGUGGUGCUCAGUGCAUCGCAUUGUGUUUAUGGUUCCCAGCCAGAGGAUUACACCAUCCACGCGGGCGCCAGUCGGUUGGAUGAAGAUGCUCCCGUGGUUCGCAGUGUAGCCAUGUUCCACACUUCGCCCAGCUACUCUGCCACCAAUUUCGACAUGGACGUGGCUUUGUUGCAACUGCAGGAGGCUGUACUUCUAAUUCCGGGUAAAGUUGCCACCAUUACUCCUUGUCGCAAUGCGCCGGAGGCCAAUGCAUAUGCCAGGAUUAGUGGUUGGGGAGUGACCCGCGAGACUAACCGUGAUCCUGCCAAACAGGUCCGAACGGCCAUGGUGAGAGUGCUGCCGGGCGCGGAAUGCCAGCUGUCUUACUCCGUGUUUGCCCAAAUAAGCGACUCCAUGCUCUGUGCCGCCGUGCGUGGUGUCCGGGAUUCCUGCUCCGGCGAUUCAGGCGGUCCUUUGGUCUACCGCGGACAGGUUUGUGGCAUUGUGUCCUGGGGAUUCGGCUGUGCCCGUCCAGCUUUUCCGGGUGUUUACACCAACGUGGCUAGUGGAAGAGUUUAUGCUUUUAUAGAGCAAACACUACAGAGGAUUAGGAGCUAGAUAUAUUGGAAUUUCUACAAAUCUUUAUAAUCUAAAGAAUAUAGAUACCUUAUUUUGAUCAACAUCUCGUCUUAGUAUUUUUUCUGAUCUUAAUCUAAGGUAUGAACUCUUCCAAUAGAAAUCCUAUCUAUGUAUAUAGAUGGAACUCUAAUGGCACGACGAACAAGGAAUCGAGAUCAAUGGACAAUUAUUAUAUCAAGUAAUUUGUAGAAUCUGAUGAACGACUGAAACAAGGUCAAUAAAAGUGGCUAGAAC